ACAAAACACCUGAUUAAACUUGAAUGUAAACUAUUCGUUUCAACACUUCUCUUGAAUGAGAUGUUCCAUGAUAUUAGUUGCAUAAUUUAAACAAAAACUUUAACCAAAGUAAACACAGGCGGCUACAGAUUCUGAUGGUUAAUAUGCAGAUUACAUGUUAAUCUGGGUAAAUUAGGCUAACAUGCCCAGCCAUUCUUAGACACAUUACUCUGUCCAGCAAAAGGAAAUGUAUAAAAAUAUUGAUUAGGCACAAACUGUUACAGUAUGCACGACAAUAACAGCUAAUAUUAGUUAGAUUAAACGGAUUUCAAUCUAUAGCGGAUUGUUCGCGCGUAAUUUUGCGUUUUGUCUCAUCCAACAACAGUGAAUUUACUAUUAUAAACUCAUGGCUGCAGCUCCAUGAGUGACCUGGUUGUGUGGAGUGAGUAGAGCUACGUUUCCUCUCCAUUCCAUCUGAGACAGUCGCUUUAAUUCCUGCUAAUGCGGAUAAUACUCAGGACACUGCGCACGGCGCGCGCUGUCCGCGACGCGCAGCGCUCCUUGGAUUGGGACGGAAGCCGCCGGCAGAGAAGACACUGCCCGUCAGAUUACGUGUCCCAAACUCGUCAUAAUCUGCAUAAACAGCGUGUAUUCCCAUUUAAUUUGAGGAUAGAUACGCUUCUGUCACUUCAGGUUUAUUCUUCAUCCACAGAGAAGAUUUUUGUUGGAUUAGUCAGAAGACUUUAGCGGAUGAUGAGAGCCGGAGGUCAGAUUCAGAGGCUUUUGGCAGAAUGCAGAUGGUGAUUUUUAAUGAUCAGCAGAUCACAACAAGAAGAGUUUGCGCUCUGAAAUGGACUCAAAUGGGUCUUCACUCAAUCGCAGCCAGUCAGUGGCGAGUGGUUUGGAGAAAACAUCACCAUCGUGGAACAAACCAGCUCUAUCUCACAGCAGCAGCACGCUGUCGUCUCGUCACUCCAGACAGAUAAUCAAAGACUGGGAAGUGAUUGACGACUUUCAUGCAGACAUGAAUGUGGGAGGAGAGAGUCCUCAGGUCAUGAUCACUCCAGGAAUCUGUGAAGGGUAUCUGCUGAAGAGGAGGAAGUGGCCUCUGAAGGGCUGGCACAAGAGAUACUUUGUCCUGGAAGGUGGAACCUUGCGCUACUCCAAAAGUCAUCAAGAUGUGUCCAGGGGAAGAGUUCAGGGUUCUUUAGAUGUUAGCCUAGCUGUGAUGUCAAUUAACAAGAAAUCUAAUCGGAUUGACUUGGAUACAGGAGACAUUCUCUAUCACAUCAAGGCAAAGAGUCAUGACCUCUUCUACAUUUGGGUAACCAAGCUACAAGCACACCGUCUUUACAAAAAGAACGAGACAGCUAAUGCUCACAGCAGCAUCAUACAGAUUUUGUCCCACACAGCGUCAGCUGGACAAGCUCAGAAAAAUGGAGAUUUGAGCUCUGCAGGGAUGGAGGAUCCAUCUGGAGGGUCGGGGGUCUUACCAUCGGCCAACACAGCUGUGAACUCCAAGGUGUCAGCGUGGCUGAGGCAAAGCCAUGACCCAGUCACAUGUGUUCAAGAACUGAACCGCUGUAAUCUGGACCUUUCUGAGCUGAACCGUUUGAUUCAGAGUCUUCAGGUUCUGGAGGUGGGCCACUCCUUCACUAACGGGGAUCUGCAGCGGAUCAUCAGCAUACAGAAUCUGUCUCUUGAGAAGCCAAAGAAGCCAAAGUCAGGAAAGAUGUGGGGUCACUCUCGAACCCUGUCCAGAGUGGAGGCCCUGGGGAUGCUGUCCUCCAAUCACCUGAGUAGCUCGUCCCACCUCGGGGCUUCGGUGCCCUCCAUUCCCGACUACGUCUACUCUCAGCUGUCCCCUCUCUCCGUCGUAUCCCUUGAGGGCAAGAAAAUUCAGCAGGACAUCUGCACCAUGUCACUGCGAGUGCUUGCUUCUCUAAAAUCAGUUCAUGAAACUCUGACCCUGGAGAGACAAAAGCUGCAGGAAGCCUGGGAGGCCAACAACGUCCACCAAUCAAACACUUUAGCUGUGCCUGCACCAUCCCACGGGCCGCCUUCAGUAGCAGAUUCAGCUGCAGAGUAUUUUGAUGCCAGUGACGAUAUCCUCUGUGGUAGUUCCUCUGAGGUGUCAGAUGAGUCGGGACUUAGCGAUGGAAGCACCACCAACUCAGAGCCAGAGGAGGGACACGCAUCAACAACCAGGAAGUACCGUGCAAGCAUCUCCAGGACUCCGAACAACUUUGUUCCUAAGAGCACCGGACGUCGGACAGCUUUACCAGCUCACUGCCCUGAUAACAGCCAUGUCGGCCUCAUGGCCAUCCUCUACAAUAACAUAGGUAAAGACUUGGCUCGUGUUUCAAUGCCGGCUGCACUGAACGAGCCGGUUAACCUGCUGCAGAGGUUGUGUGAAGAGCUGGAGUACAGCGAGCUGCUGGACGUGGCUAAUAACACCCCAGACCCAUACCAGAGGAUGGUUUACAUAGCUGCCUUUGCCAUUUCCGGUUACACCACUGCAACAUUCAGGAACCGCUACAAGCCCUUUAACCCGGUGCUGGGGGAGACCUACGAAUGUAUCCGAGAGGAUCGGGGCUUCCGCUUCAUCAGCGAGCAGGUCUGCCACCAUCCACCCAUCUCUGCCUGUCAUGCUGAGUCUGAAAAUUUUACAUUCUGGCAAGAUCAACGAUGGAAAAAUAAGUUCUGGGGAAAGUCGCUGGAGAUUUUGCCAACAGGAAUGGUCAAUGUCACAUUAUCGAGGUACGGAGAUCACUAUGAGUGGAACAAGGUGGUGACCUGCAUCCAUAAUGUCCUCAGCCAGCAGCGGUAUCUGGAGCAUUAUGGAGAGGUGACCAUCCAAAACCUGAAGAACAGCACAUGCACCUGCAAGAUCACCUUUGUCAAGUCUCGGUAUUGGGGUUCUGACACAAACAAGAACGAAGUGCAGGGUACAGUUCUCGACCAAGGCGGGAGCGUGAUCCACCGGUUUGGAGGUCUUUGGCACGAAGGGAUCUUCUGUGACACUCUGCCAACACCAAAAUGCAUUUGGAAGCCAAAUUCCCAGCCCAAGGAUUAUCUGCAGUUUUACGGCUUCUCCACCUUUGCCAUGGAGCUUAACGAGUUAACCCCAGACCUGAGACCUUUCCUGCCUCCUACCGACACUCGGCUGCGCCCGGACCAAAGAAUGUUGGAGGAGGGAAACGUCUCUGGAGCCGAUAGAAAGAAAGACGAGAUAGAAGAACUCCAGAGGGAGCGGAGAAAAGAGCUAGCUAAAAAGGGUUCAGAGCACACUCCACGGUUUUUCAGGAAAGCCAAAGAUUCUUCUGGACGGGACGUGUGGUUGAACACUGGGACUUACUGGGAACUCAGACAGAAUCCAGGGUUUGCUAAACUUGAAAACAUAACUUUGUGGUGACAAGACAAGAACACUGCAACAUGCAGAAGGCCUCACAUAACAGAAAAACACAGCAUCAGCGUUUGGUGUUUGGACCAGCAUACAUGACCUGCUCAGUGAGUGGAGACAGUGCUGCUCAUCAAACUCAUGACUGGAUCAUGAGACACCUUCAUUAGCACAGUUAGCUACCAAACAUGACUGGUGGCUCAUAUUUAAAAUAAGAAAGACUUUUUAGUGCAUUUAUUAAUAUUACUUUAUUAUUUCAGUAAAGUCUCUGUAUUUUUACUUAAUGUGAAUCUCAGUUAACAGUAAAAGCAAAGCUUUUCCUUUCAGAUCAGUGAGAGGCAGAAUUUGUUAUACCACAUCUUCUCAACCAGCUUCAGCAGCAUCUUUAACAGACUUUAUGAAUGAGCUGUGCGACCUGGACUGCUACAGACUAGCUGAAAGUGUUGCCCUGUGGGUGAACAAGUCAUUAAAAGUGUCUAGCAGGGACUGAAUUAUUACCAUGUACCAGCUGGAUCAAUUUUCUUCUGCAAAAAUGUUUAAUUGACAUUCUUGUUAACACAUUCAAUAUGUUUAGAGUUUCACAUUUAAAGAAUCUACACCUUCCAAAGCAAAGAUAGGUGCAAUGUAUGAGUGUCACGUGUGGCACAGGAGGAGGUUAGGACCCAAGAGGCAGAACACCAGAACAGCUCGAGGCAGAAGAGGUUUAAGAAAAUAAAGUCCUUUAUUAAAGGAGGCUGGGCAAAAAUCCUAAGGCAAAAACACUGACAAAAAGGUAAAACAGAAACUCACUCAUGAGCAAGAACAGGAGAACACUCGAGAUGGACAAAACAACGCUGACAAAGGCAGUGGACCGACAAACACUGAGAGACACAGACAGGGUUAUAUACACAGGGCUGGGUGAUAGGAGACGAGGAGCAGGUGCGUGGGGAAUUGGGCACAGGUGAAACUAAUGAACUGAGGGAAGAAGCAGAAAUAAGCAGGGGAGAAAGCCAUAUCUAAAUCCUAAACCUAAGCUACUAAAAUAACCUGAACUUUAAACACUGUAGAACAAAGACUAAAGAUAAAUAAACUAAUGAUAAGUGAAGUGACUAAAGGGGAACCUGAAGAAGAUGGGGACCACAAGGGGGGCACAGAAGAUUAGAGGAUACACGAGGGGAACCUGGAGGGGGCUGGGGACCACAGGGACACAGAACAUGACAAUGAGAACAUAUUACAAUUGGCACUAUUGAGUUGUAAUUUUUUAUGAAUUAUAAGUUAUUUUUGUGAGCCAUUCUACCUGGAAAUGAGACACUUCAAUUGUCAAUUCAACAAUAGUACACAUCUGCAGACCCAAAAACUGUAGAUUCAUGCUGACAUGUCCACUAUGUAUGCAUUAUUGUGUGUGUGUGUGUGUGUGUGUGUGUGUGUGUGUGUGUGCAUGUGUGUAUGUGUGUAUGUGCGUGUGUACGGGUGCAGGUCAUAUAAUUAGAAUAUCAUAACAAAGUUAAUUUAUUUCGUUAAUUCCAUUAAAAAAUGAAAACCUGUAUAUUAGAUUAAUUCCUUACACACAGACUGAUAUACUUAAAAUGUUCUUUUAAUGUAGAUGAUUAUAACUGACAACUAAAGAAUACCCCAAAUUCAGUAUCUGAGAAAAUUAGAAUAUCAAUUAAGACCAGUUAAAAAAAAUUUUUUUUUUUGAAAUGUUGGCCAACUGAAAAGUAUGAACAUGUGCAGCACUCAAUAUUUAGCUGGGACUCCAUUGGCCUGGAAUACUGCAGCAAUGCAGCGUGGCAUGGAGUCCAUCAGUCUGUAGCACUGCUCAGGUGUUAUGAGAGGCCAUGUUGCUCUGACAGUGGCCUUCAGCUCUUCUGUAUUGUUGGGUCUGGCAUUUUGCAUCUUCCUCUUCACAAUACUCCAAAGAUUUUCUAUGGGGUUAAGGCCAGGGCAGUUUGCUGGCCAAUCAAGAACAGGGAUACCAUGGUCCUAAAACCCAGUACUAGUAGCUUUGGCACUGUGUGCAGGUGCCAAGUCCUGUUGGAAAAGGAAAUCUGCAUCUCCAUAAAGUUGGUAAGCAGCAGGAAGCAUGAAGUGCUCUAAAACUUCCUGGUAGAUGGCUGUGUUGACCUUGGACCUCAGAAAACACAAUGGACCAUCACCAGCAGAUGACAUGGCACCCCAAACCAUGACUGACUGUGGAAACUUUACAUUAGACCUCAAGCAAUGUGGAGUCUGGGCCUCUCAUCUCUUCCUCCAUAAUCUGGGACCUUGACUUCCAAAGGAGAUGCAAACUUUACUUUCAUCAGAGAACAUUUGGACCACUCAGCAGCGGUCCAAUCCUUUUUGUCUUUAGCUCAGGCGAGGCGCUUCUGAUGCUGUCUCUUGUUCAAGAGUAGCUUGACCCAAGGAAUGUGACAGCUGAAACCUGUCUUGCAUACGUCUGUGCGUGGUGGUUCUUGAAGCACCGACUCCAGCUGCAGUCCACUCUUUGUGAAGCUCAUCCACAUUUUUGAAUGGGUUUUGUUUCACAAUCCUCUCCUGGGUGCCGUUAUCACUAUUGCUUCUACAAUUUUUUCUACAUCAUGUCCUUCCCUUCGCCUCUCUAUUAAUGUGCUUGGACACAGAGCUCUGGACAGCCAGCCUCUUUAGUAAAGACCUUUUGUGUCUUGCCCUCCUUGUGCAAGGUGUCAGUGGUUGUCUUUUGGACAACUUUCAUGUCAGCAGUCUUCCCCAUGAUUGUGUAGCCUACAAAAAUGGACUGAGAGACCAUUUAAAGGCUUUUGCAGGUGUUUGGAGUUAAUUAGCUGAUUAGAGUGUGGCACCAGGGGGUCUUUAAUAUUGAACCAUUUCAUAAUAUUUUAAUAUUUUGAGAUAGUGAAUUUGGGAUUUUCAUUAGUCGUCAGUUAUAGUUGUCAAAAUUAAAAGAAAUAAACAUUUGAAAUGUAUCAGUCUGUGUGUAAUGAAUGAUUGUAAUACACAAGUUUCACUUUUUGAACAGAAAUAUUGAAAUAAAUGAACUUUGCCAUGAUAUUCUAAUUUUAUGACCAGCACUUGUUUCACACCAUAUUCACACAUACAGAGAUAGGAGAAAAUCCAUUCCUGUCCUCUUCCUGAUGUGCAUCGACUACACACACCCACUGAAAUGCGACUUGCAUCAAGUGUGGGCAGAAUAUUGAGCAAUAAAGUUUAUAACGUCCAACUGCAUUUUGUGUUUAUUGCAAGACUUGAAAAUGUGUUAUUGGUCUUUUGUUAUUUUUCUAAUAUAAUUUUGAUGAUAUAAACAAAUGUUGUACUGUUUAAAGAUUAUUUUAAAAAUAGCAUUUGUGAUUAGGAAUGCAACCCACCUAACUCAGGUAUGGCUAUCUCAUAAAAGCCUUGGAAUAACCUAGAGGAAG